CCUAAUAAAACGAUACGGAGGGAGGCAGCGAUCAAGCGACCAGAGAUCGAUACGAUAGUGGGGAUUCUUCAAUCGAGCAGCAGCUAUGAAGUUCGUGAUGGAGUUUGCGGAGAAUCUGAUACUGAAGAUGAUGGAGGAUCCACAUGAGAGGGAUCGGAAGGCGAGGGAGCACAUUUACAAAAGGAAGGAGCGGUGCAAGAAGACCAAGGAGAUGUGGAGUUACCCUCUCCGCCCGUAUGGCUUCUGGACCUUCGAUCGCUUUAACGCUCAGAUCCAUUAUGACGCCCAGAUCAGCCAGGCACCGGGUCGCCGCGACCCUUACGACGACCUCCUUAUCCAAAGCCAGCCCCCCAAAACUUCUACCUCCAAAUGAAUCUUCAAUGUCCAUAUGUAAGUUCUUUGAUCUGUCAUGCAUUCGUAAUCG